CUUCCUCGGGAGGGUGCGUUGAGUUGGGUUCUCUUCUCUUUUUAUGAGGAGGGCAAGGGUUUAACUUUAACCCUCUAAAUCAAAUCUCCAAUUCCUGAAAGACGAACGAGUUUAAUUACUCAAGGCAAAUCCUUUCUGGGUUUCUGUAACUGGAAAUGGGCUUCUGGGUUUUGCUUGAAGGUCUUCUCCUCUUUGCCAAUGCAUUGGCAAUACUAAAUGAGGACAGGUUUCUUGCUCCAAGGGGAUGGACCCUAGUAGAAGUUCAAGGAGGUGGAAGAAAAACGCUGAAGGCACAAAUCGUUGGGCUCAUACAUGCAUGCCAAUACAUGAGACUUUUACUCAUACCUCUCAAUAUCAUCACCAUCAUAGUGAAGCUGUUCUCGGGUUGAAAUCAAUAGAUGGAGGAGAGGUUUGUGGCUUACAACAUGUAUUAAUCCUUGAACAUUGUGGCAUGUUAUGCAACCUAAGACAACUGUUUUCCCAUCAAGGGCUGUGUUUAUCAUGUACAAUACUCGAAAGGUUGGUUAGAAGAUCUGAACAUGCUAGUAAGACCAUAUUUUGUUAUCUUCACAUUCCAAUUUAUCAAAAUUUUUCUUUUUUUGUUUCUAGUGACUUGCUUUCAUUUGCUUA